AUGGCAAGGCGAGGUCUGCCUAACGAAGUGAACGUGACCAUUGACGGAUCCAGGUUGAAUUCCAAUAGUUAUUGGCUGGUAAAGGAUCCUGAGGAUUACGGUGUGCCCACCGUAGUCUUAUCAGGCGACGAAUCGAAUAGCAACGAAACCUUGUCGGAUACUCGUGAAUUGAAAGAUGGUCCAUCUGAGACUCUGGCAACCACAACGUUGUCAAAAACACCAACGACACCCUCACCAAACUCCACGCCGAGGAUUGCUCGCCCACCGUCGCAUAUUAAAUCAACUUCUUUGACAACUCCAGUGACGAAACGGCCAUCUAAUCGCAAUCCAUCAACUCGUGUUCCAUCCACAACCAUCCGCCCACACACUAGACGCCCAACCGCUCAAUUAUCCCGGCCAACUACCACAACCAAGCGUCCAGCUACCACGAAGAAACGUCCAGCUACCACGUCAAAGCGUCCAACGACUCGUGCUCCAAUUACCAAAAAUUCAAUGACCAAAAAGCCCUGUUACGAAACGGCCAAUGAACCGUCGUCCGCCAGUUACCCCCAAAACUCCGGCAAUGCGUGUUCCCUCGACUACGAUCCGCCCAGCAGUUAG